AUGGCGCUGGACAUUGUGACUCUUGGAAUGCUGACUCUCGGUCUCACGGGUGUAGAUGACAUCGUAUAUUCCAAGGAUGAGGAAGGAGAACAGAAGCCUUCCAGACUAGGUGUGUUGGGCGGAGCUGGGACUUACGCCGUCCUCGGGGCACGUAUAUGUAACUUCGGGAUUUCUCAUUUCAGAAUCAGUUGGCUUGUACAUCGAGGCCACGAUUUUCCUUCUCCCGUGCAGGACGAGAUUGAUGCUUGGGGCACCGCCGUCCGAUUCACCGACACCCCUGAUCGACCAACCACGCGAGCGAAGAAUGUUUACUCUGGGGAACUUCGAGGUUUCGAAUUCGUCACUCCAAAGAUUCAAGUUUUACACACCAUGUUAGAUGAUGAUCAAGUCUCGGCAAAAGUGUUUCACAUCAUUGGGACCCCAAAACGUUGUAUUGAGGCAAUUGAGGGUAUCAAAGCCCGCCGCAGCUAUCUGUGGUCUGAAAAUGAGUCCACGAAGCGCAAGACGAACGCUCUAUAUUGUCGAGAGUAUCCAACAUUUGUCUGGGAGCCGAUGGAACACAGCUGCUCACCAGAAAACUACAGUGACUUUCGUGAUGCCAUGAAGUUGGUUGAUGUUUUCUCGCCUAAUGAAGAUGAGUUCUUGAAAUUGAUUGGCGUCAAUACUGGUGCGGGCCAGGAGCUGCAGAUUGAAGGGCUAUGUGACCAGGCUUCGAAUGUACUUGCAGACUGCGAUGUUGGGAUUCUCGUCAUACGUUUGGGACCCAGAGGCGUCUUGAUCUCGCAAUCAGACGACGACAAAAGCGUACGCCAUACACUUCUGCCAGCUUACUACGAUAGUGCGAGUUCGAAUGUCGUAGACGUCACAGGUGGAGGCAACGCCUUUCUCGGUGCGUUCUGUUCGGGUUUUGUAGGCCAAUUCUUAUCACCAGAGCAUAAUGACCUUGAUAGUGUCGAAAUGGCAGGGGUGUUAGGCUCAAUCGCGGCCAGCUUCGCCAUAGAGCAGAUCGGUAUGCCGAAGAUAGGUGUGAUCAAAAACAGAGAAGAGCAAAGUGGCUAUGAAGAGGGCUGGAAUGGAGAGUCAGUCAAAGCGAGAACCUUGAAAUUUCUAGAUCGAAAUUGCAAGGUGCAUAGAUGGCGCACGAAACCCGUUUGA